UCUGAAUAGAGAAAAAGGUAGCUUGAAAAACGCCAAACGUGAAAUUGGAACUAAGAAGCGUGUGGAUGACAAGGUAAAUUACCAAUGUUGUGUGUUUUCGCCCGAUAGAACAGUAGAAAUUGGGUAUAAUGGGUCAAAGCGAUUAGAUAGUAGGAAGUAUUCUACUUCCCGCAGUACAUUAACAUCAUUACACGAGCGAUUGAGAGAUGCCGACGCACUUGAUGCGGAGUUUGAUGAAGCUAUAGAUUUUAAGCGGAACUGAUGCAAUGGUGAAGCGGGAGGGAGGGAGGAGAGCUUAUAGGUUUGAUCAUGAGGGUUUUAAUUCAGGUGACAUAGUUUGGGGACAUUGUCCUGCUUGGCCGGCAAUUGUACUUGAUUCAGAAACACAAGCUCCUCAAUUAUCGUGUUACUGGAACAGGAUGUGUCAUGUUCUUUGGCUACUAUGGAAAUGGCACGCAAAGGGUAAAACUUAUCUUUUGUGCAUUAUGCAGACUCCCACUAUGCAAAAGUAUCCAAGUGAUAGAAGUAUGAAGAAUGGUGUAUCUACUAAGAUGACACAUUUUCAUGAGCAGGAUUAUGCAUGGAUUAGACGCGGGGUGCUAUUUCCAUUUAUGGAACAUGUAGACAGGUUAUAGGGGCAGACUGACUUGAACGACAGCACACCUGCUGAUCUUCGCUCUGCCACAGAAGAGGUGUUUCUUGCUGAAAAUGGUGUUGUUGAGAUGUUGAUGGUUGAAAUAAAUGCAGCAGUUGGUAAUCUAGACCAUCUCCGGUCUCUUCCCCGAGGAGUAUUCGAGGCCUGUGAUUCAAAUCAGGACCAAGAGUGUGACUCUCCAAGCCAGGCAUGUUUCUGUUGAGUAAAUUGUUCUGUAUUGUUCCCAUUGCAAGAUCAUGAGAAAUUGUUUUCUCCAGAUUCUAAUUUUUACUCAUGGCUCUUGGUUUACUCAUUGUUUCUUGUCUUGUCUCUCUGACUGUAUUUGACAGAGCUACAAUUCUACUGCUCAAACUUCUUUGCCACAAAAUAUAAAUAAGGAAUAGGAGAAUUUGUUAUCUGGAUGCUUCCUCCUUUUUUAGGUUUUACUCAUCGUUUUAAUUUUACUAUUUUAAUUCACAACUUGUCUCAACACAAUGCCAAUUUUCUGUGAAAUUUAUUGAGAAGAAAGGAUAAGUAGCGACAUAGGUUGUUUCCCUUAGCUAAUGUUAACCAAGGAUAAAAAUGAUGGUAGCCUUCUCAGAGAAUUA